AUGAAAGUAGACGAGAGAUGUGAUGUUUACAGUUUUGGGGUGCUAUCAAUGGAAAUACUUAUAGGGAGGUAUGAUGGUGAUUUGAUUUCAUCUUUGUCAUCGUUGUCAUUAGCAUCGGCAUCAGCAUCGGCAUCAACAUCAUUUCCAAAUGACAACCAACAAAUUUUACUUAAAGAUGUCAUAGACCAACGUCUUUCACCACCAGUAAGGCAAGUUGCAAAGAAUGUUGUCUCUAUUACAAAGCUAGCAUGUGCGUGCUUGAAUGGCAAUCCCCAACUUCGACCAACCAUGCAACAAGUUGCUCAAGGCCUUACCCUAGAGACCCCAUCUGUCCCUAUUCCAAACAUCAAGGAAUUUCAUGAGGCUUCAUUUGAUGCCUUAAGCAACAAUAAGGGCCUAUGUGGUAAUGCCACUGGACUAAUGCCUUGUGUUGUCGUUCAUAGAAAAAGCACCAAAGUCAUCAUUUUCAUUAUGCUUCCACUUUUUGGUCUAAUUCUUUUGCUCUUUAUCAUGGUUGGAAGUUUCCUUAUUCUUUGCCAAAAGAAACGAACUAGAAAAUCUGAGUCAAUGGAGGCAAAACUUGGAGAUAUUUUCACAGUAUGGGGAUAUAAUGGAAGAAUACUCUAUGAGAACAUUAUUGAAGCCACUGAAGAUUUUAGCUCUAACAAUUGCAUUGGUUCAGGAGGCUAUGGAGCUGUUUAUAAAGCUGUGUUACCCAUUGGUGAGGUGGUUGCUGCGAAGAAACUUCACCAAUCUGAAGAUAGCAUGAUUUCCAACAACUUGAUAGCCUUUGAAAGUGAGAUUCAUGCUUUAUCAGAAAUAAGGCAUCGUAAUAUUGUGAAGCUAAGAGGAAGUUUGAGAAUGGUGUUAAGCAACAAGGACAAGGCAAUGGAGUUGGAUUGGGAGAAGAGGCUAAAUGUCGUAAAACGAGUGACUAAUGCCUUGUCUUAUAUGCAUCAUGGCCAUUCACCACCUAUAAUUCAUCCAGACAUUUCCAGCGAUAAUUUUCUAGAUUUGGAUUAUGUGGCUUAUGUCUCAGAUUUUCGCAUAGCCAGGCUUUUAUAG